CGUCCAGUUGUUACAUCCACAGGAAACCGCCACAAGACUGUCACAGUUUCUAGCUGAUUGUAUAUUAACCAUGAAAGCUUACACGCUCCUCUGCUGCUUGCUUGUUGUAACUAUGGCGACGAGUAGCAGCCGCUCACUUCUGAAUGGAGAGUGUCCACAACCUCCUGUAAAGGCAAACUUUGAAUUGCAAAAGUACUUAGGGACUUGGUAUGAAGUUGAAAGGAACCCAGCAAUCUUUCAAAGCGGGCAAAAAUGUACUAGCGCCACCUACACGCUGAAGGACAACGGGAAAGUGAAAGUCUUCAACAAAGCCGUUAUAGUGAAAACCGGUGAUGUGACAAGCAUUGAAGGAGAAGCAUAUAUUCCCGAUCCCAAUGAGCCAGCAAAAUUACUUGUCUCUUUUCCAGGCAAUCCCUUCGAUGGUAAUUACUGGAUUCUUGAUACGGACUAUGAUAAAUAUUCAGUGGUCUUCUCCUGUCAGAGUAUACUUCAUGUUUUCCGUAUCGAAUAUCUGUGGAUUUUAAGCCGUGAGAAGACACUGCCUGAUACAACGCUAACCAACAUCUACAGAAUAUUGGACAAAAAUGGAAUAGCUAGAAAUAAAUUAAUCAAAACAGACCAAUCAGACUGCAAAACAGAGUAAUACAAAAUCUGCAAUAAAUAACUGUAUCAUAAAGAAAGCAAUAGUUUAAUAACAUUAGAGGAAUAAAGUCACUUCUGUGUCAACUUA